GCUAUUUAUAAACGUUUUCGGAGAAAGGAAGUAUAAUUAAUCUAUGCCGAAAACUUGUAGGUCAGUUUCAAAAAGAACAUCCAAUUAAUUCAUUUUAAUCGUGUAAAGGUCGGAUAAUAAUAUAGAUACAAUAAAUAACUGCAAAAGUAUUCCAGGAAUGGCCGUUUCAGGAUGUAAACAAAUAGACCUGCUAGGAUCAGUAGCAGCAGGAUCAACGGAAGACUUCGAUCACUGUUGUGAGCCAUGUCUUACCACAGGUCAACGUAUAGAAGCUCACGGGUUUUGUGCCACUUGUCAAGAAUACCUUUGUAAAACUUGCCACGAUGUCCACAGAAAAACAAAAGUCUUACGAAAUCAUCAAAUUUUGCAGAGUAAUGAUUUUGAUAAGAUUCAAACUACAAGAAAAUCAAACAAUGAAUGCACUGAAAUGUGUCAAGUUCACAAAAAAGAAAUAAUCAAAUUUUAUUGCCCAUCACACCAUGCACUCGGAUGCAAUGAUUGCAUAACUUUAGGCCAUAGAACAUGUAAAGUUGAUUACAUACCUGAAAAAUGCGAAGGUGUCGCAGAUUGGAAGGAGUUCGAUGACGUCAUGAAGAAGCUCGGCGAAAAAUUAAAAGAAGCAUCAGAAAUUUCGAAGAAGGCUACACGCAGUAGAAGCAACAUAAUUGAUAACAAUAAAGAAAUCAUCAAGGCCAUCUCUGAAUUCCGAAAAGAAAUAAACGACCGCAUAGAUCUGAUGCAAAAAGAUGCUUUAAAUAAUGCCGAGGAAAUAAAGUCCAACACCAACAAAAUUAUUCAACACGUCCUUGAUACAUGUGAAAAUAUGAUAUCCGGUAUAAAAUGCUUGCAAUCAAGUCUACAUGCAAGCAGAUCAACUCAUCAAGACAGUCAACUCUACAUUGGCAUGAAAAAGGCUGAAUCUACGCUGAAAUCAGAUGAAUUAUUUGACGCAGAACAAACAUUAUUGCAUACCAAUAUUCACUACUCAUUUCAACGAAAUUCUGAACUGGAAACAUUGUUGCGUGCGAAAAUGGUAUUUGGUGAGGUUGUCGAUAAUUCUCGUCAUGAACCUUCAAAGGUGACAAAAACUGUUGAUCAUCUGAUUUGGAAAGAAAAUAUUAAUGUUAAAACUUCAUCAGAAAAGGCAAAUUGUGAUAUUUCAGGAUGCGCAGUUCUCAACACAAAUAAACUAGUUCUAGCUGAUUACCUUAACAAUAAGAUAAAAUUGAUAUCUAUAGAGAACAGGCUUGUACAAGAAGAGAAAACUCUAGACUCAAACCCAUUUGAUAUUGCUGUAAUGUCUCAGGAUCAGUUUGCAAUAACAAUGCCGGUAAAGAAAGAAAUAGUUGUCAUGAAAACAGACGAUAAGCUAUCAUGUAUCCGCAGUAUUAAAGUUGGUAAGAAAUGCUAUGGUAUAGACUUUAAUCAUGGCCGUCUUUAUGUUGCUUGUGUGUAUCCUCCUAGUGUUAUUGUACUGAACACACAAGGUGAUAUCCUGAAUGACAUCCCUCUGAACUUUCUUUCAAAUUACUUUAUCCCGUAUAUUGCUGUGAGAAAGGAUUCCAAACUUCUGUACAUCAGUGACCGUGGUAAAAAAAGUGUCUUGAGUGUAUCAUUACAGGGGGAACUUACAGCUACAUAUAAACAUACAUAUCUUACAAGACCAAAAGGAAUGUUGAUGUUAGAUGAUGGGUCAUUACUUGUCUGCUGUUAUAAUGAUGGAACAAUUCAUAAAGUCAAAGGAGACUUGAAGCAUGGCAAGAUAAUGUAUAAAGGUGAAGAUGGAGAUCUUCUUCAAUCAAUAUGCCACAGUUCACGCUAUGCUGAGAUCUAUGUUGGUAGCAUUGGAGCCCAGUUGAAAGUUUUGAACACACAAUGAACACUGUAUUCAUUUUUCAUUGAUUUGUAAACGGAAGAGUGCAUACAAUUAUGUGGUAAUUGUUCUUUAUUAUAGAAAAGGUACAAUUAUAAAAGAACUUACAGGACUUUAAGACAUUUAUUCCAUUAUUACAUUUAAACUUGUAAAUUAUGAAUCAUAUCUUGAACAAACUUAUUUCACAUUGAUUUCAAUGAUUUUAGGUUAAACAUAUUUAUGUAAGCAUGUGCCUUAAAAAAAUACAUGUACUGUAAUAAUAAUAAUAAUAAUAAUAAUAAUAAUAAUAAUAAUAAUAAUAAAAAUAAUAAUAAUAAUAAUAAUUAUUAUUAUUAUUAUUAUUAUUAUUAUUAUAUCAAAUUAAACUCAAAUAUCUAUGGCAAACGAUGAUAUUUGAGCAAAUUGUUAGCUCUACAAAAUGAUAAUAUUUUAUAUUUAAAAAGUUAUAUUCCCUCGUUAAAUGUUUUGUAUAUAAUACGGAUGAAGGCUUUUAUAACCAAGACAGCUAUGUGAGGUAAGGUUAUAUUUUAAAUAUCUUAAACUUGACCAUAUAUCUUGUCAAAUGGCCUGAUAAGGAAUAUAUUUUACAGCUACAGCACAAUUAAUUUAUUUAAAAUAAAACAACUGAACAUUGUUUACAUAUUAACAGUAGUCAUGUAUAUAGAUAAAAUAUACGUUACGAUUACAAGUGCGUAGUACUAUGUAAAAAAUAUUUUAUAUUGCUGCAAGCAUCACCGAUUAGCUUUCUUUACAGACAUAUUUCACGAAAAAGAACGAAAUCAAAGUAGUAAGGUGUAAGUAGCCUAUGUGCUGAACCAAUGAUCAGGGUAUUAAAGAUUUGUUUGUAUAGUGUGAUACAAUAAAUUAUAGUAGUGCUUAUAUUUAUAUGCAAGAUAUGUAUACAUGUAAAUAUGACUGUAACAGGUAAAUUAUUGUCUGAAUAAAAUACCACUUAGCUGUUAGCUGUUUCCUAAUAUACUUAUGAACUGAAGAAAAUAAAAUAUGUAAAAAUUGUGAUUUUUUUAAACGGGAUUGUUGUAUAUUCCAAAACUAAUAGCUCAAUAAAUUCAAAAUUGUUGUUAUUUCCUUAAGUCCGUAAAACUUCCGUGUUACUUUAUGAAUUUAACUCUUUCACUACCAAAGAGACGGCUUAAGCCGUCCCUGUUAUUUUCGGCGUAUUUGCCAUAUGGACGGCUUUAGCCGUUUGUAUAAUAAUAAUAGUAACAAUAAUAAAUUAAUAAUAAUAAUAAUAAAUAUAAAGAAAAUUAUACCAUAGACAAUAAUUAUUAUUAUACUAACAGAUUUGGAAACAUAUAUAAUUAUUAUAAUACUAAUAACAAAUAAUAAUAAUUAUAUUAAUUAAUAAUAUAGUAAUUUCUUAGAAAAUCCUCUGGCAAAUAGGUGAACAAUAAAACAAUAACCCUUUGGCAGCGAAAGGGUUAAAAGGAAUAUUCAACGAAAACUAAGAAAUCUAACACUUUUAGGUAAAAGGGCAAUAUCUAUCAAUUGGUAUAUAUACGUUAUCGUUAGUUCUUAGAUAAUAUUUUAUUUGUGUCAUAGUUUGGGGACCUUUCUGUUGAAAAUGUGUCCGAGUCAAAUCGUAUACAUAUUCAUGCAUUGCGUUCAUUGGAGUGCAGCUAUUAGUAACCCGGACUCCAGAGCAUGCCCACUGAUUGGCUCAUUUUGCUAGGGUUUACUUAUUUUGAAGAAAGCGACAAAAAAUUUCAUAUUUAGAUGCUGGUUCAUUGGUUACUUUAUUCUGGGGUUUCAUAUUGUGACAGCAGGGAACGUGUGUUUUACGUUUAACUAUGAUAUAAAAGAGAAAGAACAAAUCAAAUAGCAUCGUGUUUCGAUACUCUUUCUUUUACUUAUUACAUAAGAGGUUGUUUUGUACAAAACAAGCAUGUAAACAUAUUCAUUUUUCCAAUUUAUAAAUGUUUUUACGUGUUUAAAAAUGAAGGAAAAGAACUGAUAUAUUAUGCAAAAUCACACUGGAUCCAUUAGAAUAACAUAAACAAAACAUAAUCAAAUAAAUCAUACAUGGUAAGAGGGAAAAUUGAAUUUACAUGUAUGUUCAAAUAUAUAAUAUCCGGUUGCAAUUAUAACAGCCGCUGGUUAUUUGAAAGAAUCGGCUUUCCUGGAUAAGUUUCAAGUAAUAAUUAUGAAUAUAUUAUGAAUUUCUCCGCAAUUUACCGACUAUCUAUCUUGAUGUCUAAUUAAUGCCCUGACAAGUAUUGUAAAAAUCAUACUAAUAACCAUCAGGCAUCAGGAGCACCGCGCUAUUAGGACCGUUACCCUGUUGAAACCCAAUGAGAUCAUCCUUUGACACCAGUAAAGAGCCAGGCCAGCCUGCUAAUCCAUACUGUUUGUAAACUAACAUUAUAUUUUUAUCAUAGAAUUUGAAAAAAAAUUAUCACUACAUGGAAGAAAAAAUAGUCCAAUUCAGAAACUGAACAGUUUAAAAGUCACGUGGUAAAUACAAAGUCAUUCAGUGUUUUUUGCAUAACAUAAGAUUAAUCGUUAUUGAUUGGGUCAUUAAUUGAUUUGACUAAUUGAUUGGUAAGUGUAUAUUCAGGCUCACAGACAUGUACAUAAUAUUCUGAUCAGAUUAUUUUACACACAAUUUUUAUUUUCAUGUCAUAAAUAUUAUAAGUAAUAAAUAGGACAUUUUCUAAUCAUGUCUAGUACAAUAUGUAGUUGAUUUUAACAAUUCCUAUUGUGAAUUGUUUAAGAAUAAGUUUCGUUCCAAAUAAUACGAAAGUAAAGUUAAUGAUCAUAUUGAAUUCAAAAAGUGCAUCCUUGAAAUAUGUCAUGAUGUGCUACCGUCAUUUAACGCAUCCACAAAUUUGCUCUAAAGAUUUAAAUUUCCAAGAUUUAAAAUGUCGUCAGGUAUUUUAAUUUGAUAUAUAAAAUCCUCUGUGCUAUAUAUCAGCACAUCUGUUUUCUAGCUCUGUCAAAACACUGCUUUUGUUAUUUCAUAAAUCACAUUCUUUCUUUUUUCUCUUUUUUUCAUCUUAAUUAGUAACAGGAAAAAUCAAAACCAUAGUUUCCAUGUUGACGUGACGUGUUUCCAUGACGAUUAUUCUAGUCGUUUCCUGUAACAACAGGUCUUGGUAAACGAACAGGCUGGACUUGGGAGGUUUCAUUUAAAAAUGAUUGCUUUCUCCAAAUCCUUUGCUGGAUUCUACGGUCUUGGCUUUUGUUUCUGGUAUCCUGUAAACACCACUGAUUGUUGACAGAUAUGGCACUUGUGUUAGGCUUUGCUGUUAAUAAUAAUAUAGGAAAAUUGUUUAGUAAUUGAAAUUGAUAUAUGAAUCUUUGAAUAAACUCAAUUUUCAUAUGA